AUGACGGGAAUCCACCCUUCAGUCACCUCUCAUAAGCUUAACAUAUUGCCUUCAUCAAGACCUGUUCGGCAGAAGGUUAGGCGGUUCCACUCGGACAAACAAAAAAUUAUUCAAGAUGAGGUUGACAAAUUGUUGGAAGCCGGAUUUAUUAGAGAAGUGGAGUAUCCGAACUGGCUAGCAAAUGUGGUGGUAGUCCCCAAAAAGGAAGGGAAAUGGCGAGUGUGCGUCGAUUACACCAACCUCAACAAUGCGUGCCCGAAAGACAGUUUCCCUCUACCGCAGAUAGAUCAGAUCGUGGACUCCACUGUCGGACAAGGAAUGCUCUCCUUCCUAGAUGCCUUCUCCAGAUACCACCAAAUCCCCAUGGCCUUUACUGACGAAGAAAAGACAGCCUUUAUAACACCGUAUGGGCUUUACUGUUAUAAAGUCAUGCUAUUCGGACUCAAAAAUGUCGGUGCCACCUAUCAGAGAUUGAUGACAAAAAUCUUCAAACCCCUAGUUGGCCGCACAGUAGAGGUAUAUAUUGAUGACAUAGUAGUUAAAAGUAAAACCCGAGAUGAGCAUGCGCUCCACUUGCGAGAAGUCUUCCACCUACUAAGGAAGUACGACAUGAAGCUAAAUCCAUCCAAAUGCGCUUUUGGCGUGAGCGCCGGGAAAUUCUUGGGGUUCAUGGUCAGCUAA